AGGUGAGACUCGGCUGUGACACGAUUUUAACUUCACUCUUAUAUAUACAUAUAUAUUUUUAAAAAAUGACUUUUAAUCAAACGGAUGUAAUGCUCAGAUAGAAAGAAUUAUGAUCGAUUAAGGAAUUCCCAUUUCGGUACCCAAGUGCGUGUAACAAGUGUGUGUCACUCGGGUGUGUUCCCAGUAGGAAUGGCUAAGGCCGUCGCUUAGACUUAGAGUCACUCUACUUAACAUUUUCAAAGUAAAGGUGUUUUACAUUCAUUAUGUGUCUAAGUAUUAUUUUAAUUUUUAAAAAAACUCUUAUGGAAUCAGUAAUGUGAAGUUACUAUUUAAAAAAAAUAAAAUAAACGUUAUUCAAACGUUUUUGUUUGUUUUGUUUUUUUAAAGUUUGUGAUCAUUAUGGCAUGCGUGAUAUGGACAAUAUUGACGUCACCGAUUACAUUAUGUGCUUUGCCACUUCUUUUAGACACUCGUCUAUUGAUUGGGUAUAAGGUUAUUUACGCUCAAGUUCAUUCUUUUUGUUCUAAAGAUUACUAUGAGUAUCAGGUGACGCGAUUUCUAGAAUUUCUUAACUAGAUGGUUCUGGUUUAAAAUACCUGUACAGGUAGUAGCCUAUAUAGGACGGCAGCUUUCCCCAGCCGGCAGAGAGGUUUGUGUACCGUUUUUACUUGCUGUGCUGUAUGUUGAUAUAGGUUUCUAUUAAUUAAAACUUGUAUUUUGGGGGGCGUCCAUUAAUUUGUCAACAAAAUAGGGAGAAAGGGGGGGGGUGGAAAUUGUUGACAGUUGUUGGCAAGGGGGAGGGGUGGAGCCUAGAUUAGUGGACGUCAAAAGUCAUGUUUUUUUUCAAUUAGAAUCUUAAUCUUAAAAAUUGACUUGUACUUACAUUAUUUCAAACAAUUUAAUGAGUGUAAAUGGUCACAUAUGUUUAGGCUUUUAACAAUGUAAGAGUUAUUUAACGUGUGUAUGUCUGUGCACUGCAGAUGGUUGGUCAGAAUGUUAGCACUCUUUGUUAUCAAAUGGUGUUGAUAGAGUACUUUGAGAUACUUUGAGAAUAAGGUGAAUGUAAAGUGAGUACCAAUAAUAACAUCGCUGUUACCCACCCUGUUGUUUAUAAGUAGGUCAUGUUCAGAACUGCCAACUCAUUCAAAUUGCUUUCGGGAUUUUAAUGCCAUCAGCGUAGCAUUUCCACUGUAACACCUUAUAGUUUCCUCCCAUCCCCCUCUUAGUGUAUUACUCUUAUCUACCCCUCCCCGUAUAUCCUAGAAUUUACCCCUAUUCUCCUUACGCUAAGCGGAUAAUUUUAAAAAAUAAAUUGUUUUUGUGUUUAAAUUUACCACUGGUCGCCAGAAUCAUCAUACAACUAAUAAGACUAUGCAAAAUGUAAAGUUUAAUUUUAAUGACAAAUAUCAAGAAGUCAAUAAGUCUUAUUUAAAGGGACGCUAUUGCACAUUCUGAAAAUAAAACGCUUCAGAAAGGUUGUCUCCCUUGCAACUUUUAUUUACGUAUGAGGGGGAGAAAUCGGUUCAGAUUAUAUUAUUGAUCGAUGGAAGUUUGUUAAAAAUGAACGUAUUUUAAAGUAGAUAUAGACAGAUAUAUAUCUAUAUAUUAGAGACAUUUAUAUAUAUCUUAUAUAUAAGUUUAAAAAUAAUAACUUAUAUACAUAAAUACGUUAUAUAUAUAUAUAUAUAUAUAUCUUUUUCAGGGAAGUUGCGCCUGAGGAUUUUUUUCACCCUUACAUCAUUUUGAAAAAAUGUUCCUCAUGAAUGAAACAAUUUCCGUUCCAACAAUAUCCCUUCAAACAAACUUCCGUGGAGCAAUUUUCCUUGGAACACAUUUCAUAUCGUACUAUCAUUCAUGUUCAUGUAGUACAGGGGUUCUUAACCUUUUUUGCAACACCACCCCCCUCUCGAUUUCAGACGAUUCCCACAACGCCCCCCUCCCUAGCUAAAAAAUUAAUUUUCCAGGUUAGUUAAAAGCAUAACUAUAGACUAAAAAAUUAUCACCCUAAAAUAUCCAUGGCGUACGUCAAUCUGUAUCACUGUUGAUAGGCCCUAUAACAAACGUUAGUUUAUAGCAUGGCGCUCACACCAGUAUUAAAUUGCUUUACAAAAUCCAACAAUAUAAAUACUAAGACUAAGAGUUUCAGUUUUCUAUCACUUUUAUGGACAUCCUAAAAUUUUCUAAAAAACGUUUUUUGAAAAAGAUAUUUGAGGUCAAAUUAAUUUGUACAUACUGUAUAUAAUUUUUUAAAUCGUUCUGUUGCUAAUUUUUGGCUCUUUUGACUAAUGAGUUUGCCGACCACUUUCCUAUACCUGUAACAUAUGAACGGUUUCUGGAUCCAGCACAGCACACGGUUAUUAAAAUCAUGUACCGGUACUCAAAAUAAACUUUCAUAUGUUUUUUUUAAAUUUAAUAUUUAAAACUUUGGAGUAAAGGAAGGUACAUUAACCGAUUUUUAUUUAAUUGUUUAAAAAAAAACAACGGUUUGUUAUAUUUAAUUUCAUAAGUUCUAUAAAUAACAAAUUAUAAUUAUUUCAAUUUAUUCUCAUAUCAAAUUAAAUUAGCAGUUUAACAAAUCCAUCUUGGCUAAUGUGAAUAAAUAGCACCCUGAGUCAUUUGCAUGUUUUGUCCCUGGUUCCAGUCGGGUCAAAACCCAGGUUAGGACAUAAGUUCGCCAUGGUUAAAAAAAACGCGGUGCUAUGCCUUCACAUUUACCCAAAUCUUUAAUUAACAAAUCUUGACAGCAGGCUUGCCAAACGUGCGUAAAUUUACGGACAGUCCGUGUAAAGAUUUGUCGUAAAAUUGCCUGUCCGUAAAAUUCCGUUAAAAAAUUAAGACGUCCGUAAAAAAAAAAAUCGAUAAAACGUGGAAUCUCAUCGUUUAAAAAAACACAGUAAAUCAUGUUUGUGAUCUCUAUUUUCUUGAUUUAAAUUUUAAUUUUUUAAUUGUUUUAGUGGCAUCCCGCGCUCUAUUAAUAAACUGUAAGAGCUUUCUGGACAGCUAGCUAGGCGCGCGCGGCGAAACGCAUCGCGGCAAGAUGGACUUGUUUAGACAGAUCGUUAGUCGUUACGUCACAAUAACGCAUAAAUUAUGACGACAUAAAUAUAAAAAUAGUAUCUGUUUUUUUAAAAAAUGGACUUUAUAUAUAUAUAAAUGUGUCCGUAAAAAAUUGUUUUUGUCCGUAAAAUUUGUUGAGAGUUCUUAUAUUUGUCAGUAAAUGUUAUUUUAUUGAGUUGGCAUUGGCAAACCCUGCUUGACACUUUAUGGGUGAGUGUUUAUAUUUGUUUAGAAUGGUGCCCCACUAACCCCCCCUGUCAACAAAAUGAAACCUCAGUGUAGACACACUACAGAUGAUUAUCAAUUGAAUUACGUUGCGACUUGUGCAGUUAAAGCCAUCCUUGAUUCUGAACAUUUCCAGAGGGAAAGUGAUUUUUGUCAACUUCAAUCACAUAUUCACGUAGGGACACGUGUUACAGCGAGCUCGGUUGCAACUUUUUGGUGCCUACUUGUGCUUUAAUAGCAGGGGAGGCAGCUUCUAAAAAGCAUGUCCCUAAGGCUCUUGCCUCCCUCCAACCCCCCCCCCGCCCCCGCGGGAAAGCGAAAACAGGAGGUUUUUUGAAAAUCAGAUGAAACGCUGCAAAAUGUUUUUUUUUAAUUUUUUUAUUUAGACACCUCCCUUUCAAGUAGCGCCCAGGGAAAUGCCCUACCUGCCAUUAGUCAAAGACUGGCACGGAUGGCAUACAUUCUGGCUGCAAGCGCUUUUAAUUAUUUCUUAAAUUGAAUUAUCUCAUCAAAUUAAAAGCGCCCCCGACCCCUGUUUCUUAAUUCACCUUUUAAACCCAUUGAGUUACAUUACAUUUUCCCCUUUUCAAAAUUGUAAUUUAUUUGAAAUUAUUGAUAGCUAAUGUUAUAUCGGUUCUUUUCAACGAUAUAUUUUAAGGUUCUCUGUCCCAUAUACAAGAAAUAUGGAUCAAUAUUCGAGACGAUUACAUUGGGUGGUCAUGACUUUGCUGCUUGGCGCGAUAUACUUUAUAGAAGGUAAGUGAAGCUGAUAAGAAAUUCAACGUCUACUGCGCGAAUUUUUGUAUCAUAUAGUUCUUGAAAAAACUCACAACUAUUAGUGAUUGAUAUAUUAGUUGUUGGUUUUUUUUUUUAAAAUAUAUGUUAGAAUCGUGUAACAAACUGUAAAGUGUAUUAAAAAAAAAAUUAAAAUUAUGGUAUUGUUGAAUAAUGUUAAGCUCGACCACACACACCAGAGUUGAAAUCGGUAACUUUUUGCGGGUUUCGUGAUUAAAGUCCACACAGAAAUCACAUCAUCUGGAAAUUCGAAAUUACCGAAUUUUAAAUUGGGGCAAAGGCAAAGGUGUCACACGCUACACCAAAAGGCUUAGCUGUUAAUUUUACAUGGUUACCCAUUUCCCCCCAAAAAUUAAAGUAAAUAUCUUAAUUACCGGGUAUAUGAUCGAAAACACUAAAAGAGAACGGAGUGGAUAUUCGCACCCGGGUACGAGAAGUGAGAGGUUGGGAUUAAAAAAACAAUUUAAAAUAUUAUUGUUUGGUUUGUAAGACAAAAUGAGGUGUCAAAUGAAAGAUAAUUGAAUUGGACGAUAUGUCUGCAAACUUACUUCUUCAGUUUAACUAAAAUAAACUACCACAAAUGACACCCGAAUGGGAUUUAGUCUAAAGGGACCCGGGUCCGAAUAGCGGCUAUGCGUACCCUGGUAAUGAAAAUUUCCAGUGCAGAUGGGCAGCAAUGGUGUCGUGUGGGGUUGCCGAAUAGACGUAGUUAAUGUCAGGUCGCCUUAAUAGGUGACUGGGAGAGAUAUUUACCUCCGUUUUCUGACCUGUAGGGUGGUGAGGCCAAAAGAUAGUGCGGAGGCUUGCUUGCAAUCGGAGCAUUUGUCAUACUAACUUAUCCACUUUCCGAGGUCAAAGCGUCAUUUCUAAUCGUAGUUUUAAAAUAAACCGGCGUGCUAUUUCUUUAAAUCACAAAUCUAUCAACCCCAAGAACAUAUGUGAUAUGCUCUCUGUCUAAGUCUAAUCAUCGAAAAAUUAUCAAAAGAAGAACGCUUAUAUUUAUAUGAAUUAUAUUAAAUACUAGCCGAUAUACCCGGCGUGGCUCGGGAUUGCAUAGGACCCCAUCCAGGUUGGACCCCCCCCCCCGAUCCCAUUUCUGACACCGAUCUCGGCGCAGUCCCAUUUGCCGGUGUGAUCCCGAUCCCGGUGGAUCCAUUCAAGGUUAGGAUCCCGAUCCCGGUGGGAUCCCGUUUUCUGGUGGGAUCCUGAUCCAUUGGGAUAAAGAUUAUGAUGGGAUCCCUACCCCUUUGCUUCUAUUCCGAAUAUAAAAAAAAAUUACUCAGUGUUACUGAGAGAAAAGUAAACUCCGUGACAUUAUGGAAAUGAAUAGAACUAACUAACAUUUCAAUAUUCCCUUAGAUUCCACUCUAUAUCCCUUUGGAACAAUUUAGAACUUUCUGGAACACUCUAGAUUAAAUUUAAUAACCUGUUCGAAACAUGUGUAAAAACUACUUAUCUAAUUAUUGUUCAAAUACGAUAAAAAUCUUCAACAAAUACCAUAAUUAUAAUCCUUUUUCUUUUAAGUUAAUCGAGGGUCCCCGGGGGCCCAUUCCAUAACAGUACGGAUAUAGUUAUACCUGAGCUAGGGGGGCCUAUAAAAUCAGACAGAUAAAUAAUAAAGUUAAAAUUUAAAAUUGUCCCAUAAAAAUCUACUUAAAAAUACCAUAGAUAUAGCUUUUUUAAAAUUAUGGAAGUUUCUGGAAAAUUCUAGAUUGGAUAUUAUUAGUUUUUAAUCCACCGAUAUUUCGAUGCAGCCAAUGAAGGGUAUUGCUACAACGCUAGGCCUAUAUCCAUCAAUUCACAUAGAAACUCUCGUGUUGUCUAAGCCUAUUGAUAUUUAUAUAGCUUAUAUUAGGAAAAAUUAAAUGCCCCCCCCCCCACCCCGGCCCCAGAGAAAUGGAUACUAUGAGUUCAGUACCCUUCGGUAGUUGAAUAUGGAUACUAAAGUAUAUGUGUACUAAGUUUGGUCAAGAUCCAUCUACUCAUGUAGGAGUAUUUGUUUCUUAUUAUUUUUAUAUAGUUAAUAUAAGGGGAAAAAAACGAAUUCGGGGCCCUCGGCCCUAAACGUUAUGUUAUAAAAAGUUCAUAACCCCUUAAGACUUCUUUCUGGAUCAUGAUGGAUAUAUGUACCAAGUUUGGUCAAGAUCAAUCAAUCCAAGUAAAUGCCUUUGUGGAACAAACCCACAAACCCACACAAUUUCACUUUUAUAUAUAUUAUUAUACUAGCCAAUAUACCCGGCAUUUCACGGGGUUGCAUUAGGACCCCGAUCUCGGUAAGACCCCAAUCCCAAUGGGACCCCAAUCCCAUUCUCACCAUGAUCCGGUGUAAUCCCUUUUCCCGUUGUGAUCCCGUUCCCGGUGGCAUCCCGUUUUCUUGUGGCUACGAUCCCAGGGGGAAUCCAGAUCCCGAUGGGAUCCCGAUCCCGUCGGCGUCUUGAUCCCAGUGGGAUCCCGAUAUCGGUGGAUCCCGAUGGGCUACCGAUCCCGUUAGGAUACCCUACACUGUUGGAUCCCGUUCCACCUGGGCACUCUAUUUCUCGAUUUCAUUCCUUUUCCCGACAGGAUCCCGAUCCCAGUUUGAUCGCGUUACCCUGGAAAAUUCUAUAAUGGAUAUUAUUAAUUUUAAAUCCACCAAUAUUUCAAUACGGACAAUGAAGGGUAUUGCUACAAUGCUAGGCCUAUAUCCAUCAAUUCACAUAGAACCUAUAGUGUUGUCUAAGCCUAUUGAUAUUUAUAUGGCUUAUAUAAGAAAAAAUUAAACGGGGCCCCCGGCCCCAUAUGAAUGGAUAUUAUGAUUUCAAUACCCUUCGGUAUUUUAAUACGGAUAAUAAAGUGUCUGUGUACUAAGUUUGGUAAAGAUCCAUCUAUUCAUGUAGGAGUAUUAAGCCUAUUGAUAUUUAUAUAGCUUAUAUAAGGAAAAAUUAAAUGGGGCCCCCGGCCCCAGAGGAAUGGAUAUAAUGAGUUCAGUACCCUUCGGUGUUUGAAUAUGUAUCAUCAAGUGUAUGUGUACUAAGUUUGGUUAAGAUCAAUCCAUUCAUGUAGGAGUAUUUUUCAGUAAUUUUAUUUAAAUAGCUCAUAUAAGAAAAAAACGAAUUCGGGGCCCCUGGCCCAAAACGGAAUGUUACAAAAAGUUCAUAACCCCUUAAGAGUUCCUUCUGGAGAAUGAUGGAUAUAUGUACCAAGUUUGGUCAAGAUCCAUCAAUCCAUGUAAAAGCCUUUGUGGAACAAACAGACACCGCCCGCCACAAACAAAAUUUCACUUUUAUAUAUAUAUAUAUGAUAUGAUAUUUAUAUAAUAGUUCGUCCGUCGAAAAAGUAAAGAGUAAAGGAAAGAGAGUUGCCCCCACCUGCAUGAGAAUUAAACUUAACUUUCUAAAAAAAAAAGUAACUUUAUUUCAUAUAAAUAUAAACAUCUACUUUAACUAAACAUUUUAAUGUCUUUAUUGCUAAUACAUAUAUAUAUAAAUAAAGUUGUUAAAAAUAUAAUAUGUGUUUCUUUAUAAUCGCAGGCAGACCGUUUCAGUGUCCAGAUACAAAACCACACAUGUGCCCACCACCAUCGGAAACCUGCUAUGGGUACGAUGAGUUUUGUUCAGAUGGUUUGAACACAUCAUGUUUUCCCUUAAAAUUUAAGGACCUUGAGCGCCCUGCGCAAAUCGAGUGGUGCAUACAUAAUCUGGAGGACGUGUCUAAGAUGAGGAACACCAAAUGCAGGCUGGCUUGCCAAUCACGUUUCAAUUUCUCUGAACUAGGCCAAGAACUUUGUAAGUCAUAAAUGAUUAUUGAAUAACGUCUUUCAUGAUGUUAAAUAAUUUGAAUGAAUAUGCUAUCAUUUCUAUAUUUCCUAACAAUUGAUAAAACAAAGAGGCUGAUGUCUGCAUUUGUGCUAUCACCCAUGGACUAUUGCAAUGCUCUCAUGGUGGGUCUUCCAGCUACGCUAAUGUAUUAAAUUCAAAUAGCAGAGAAUAAUGCGGCUCGCAUUGUUCUCCGCAAACGCAAAUUCGACCAUGCAAAAACACUUCUGAGAGAGUUGCACUGGCUGCCGGUGCGUGCUCGCAUAGAGUACAAAAUCGCAACUUUGUGCUACCGCUGCUUACAUGACCUGGCGCCGUCCUAUCUGAAAGAGCUGCUGACGCCUUAUGUACCCACUAGAGAGCUCCGCUCAUCCGAUAGUGGCAAACUCUCGACACCACGUGUUUGCCUUGAGACUUACGGAAAGCGCACUUUCGCAUUUGCUGGUCCAACAAUUUGGAACGCCCUUUCUUAUGUACCCACUAGAGAGCUCCGCUCAUCCGAUAGUGGCAAACUCUCGACACCACGUGUUUGCCUUGAGACUUACGGAAAGCGCACUUUCGCAUUUGCUGGUCCAACAAUUUGGAACGCCCUUCCAGUCGAUCUCAGAAACAACCAGACACUGGAGUCCUUUAAAACCGAUCUAAAGACACAUCUAUUUCGCAAAUACCUUCUGGGAUGAUUGUCUACCUUAUUUUCCAUUUAAUGCAUAAUGGCUGUGUUGCUCCGGGUUGAAAUGGCUAGAAAGACUUUGAGAUUGUAUGCUUGUAAUUAAUUUUUGUAGUGUUGCGUUUGUUUUAAAUGUGGUAAAUUAUAGAUUUGUUUUUUGUUGACUUUGUACCGCGCUUCGAGCCUUUGGGGAUGAAGCGUGUUUUUGAAAUGAACUUUAUUAUUAUUAUUAUUAUAUAUUUUUUUAAUUCCAUAAGUUAGCAUUGGUAAAUGAUGAAUAAGUAUUAUAUAUGACAAUAACGACCAUACAAGCCAAAAAGCAAGCGAUUCUUCAUUUACCAUUCAAUUUUUUCGAAAUCACUUUUUUUUUUGUGGGGAGGGGCGUUGAUAUUAUAAGUGCUUUGUCACAAUUUUGAUUCACGGAGGCAUUUCAGAAGCUCGGAAGGAGAGUGGAAGGCAUUCACAUAAUUCAAAUUUAUUUAAGAAGUUAAAGGCAAACAAUACUUUUUGCUCGUUGAAGUAUACAUAAUUUGAAUGGGGGGGGGGGUGUGUGGAUUCAAAGGAUUUUUACAUUUCUCAAGGAAAUCUUAGUGUAGAGCGCCAACAAAUCUUCUUUUAGAUAUUCCUCAGUUGGAAUUUCUUAGUGCGUAAUAUUUUAUUUCCAGGUUCAUUGAGUUAUCAAAAAUGUGUAUAUUAUACAGCAGUGGUUCUUAACCUGGGUUCGAUCGAACCCCAAGGGUUCGGUGAGUCAGUCUCAGGGGUUCAGCGGAGGUCCAAAAUAAAAAUCAGAAGAAAAAAAAAUCAUAUUUUAAUUAUUCCUAUUAAGAAGGGUUCGGUGAAUGCGCAUAUGAAACUGGUGGGGUUCGGUACCUCCAAAAAGGUUAAGAACCACUGUUACACAGAGAUGGCAUAAGCACCCACAGCCAUGACUUAACUACUAUCUAGUAUUGAGAAAAAAAUACUAAAUCGAUACAACUAAAAGUGAACUAAAAGUGAACUUGGCAAUUAAUUAGGAUUUAUAAAACUGUCAGCAGUGUAUGUAAGGCAACACAUUAUAAUUUUUUUAUUUCCUAAUUACAUUUAAUGCUCAAAGUUAUGCGUUAGUACAGUUACAGUUACAGACUGACAUAAAUAAAAAUUGUGCUAAAAUUAUGUGGGCGCUUCUGACGCAUGAGUGAUGGGGCAAAACUUCACGCACACUUACCGAACCUUAUGAUACUAUAUGCCUUUAAUUAACAUUGAAAUAUAUUUCAAAUUUCGUACACAAAAAAAAAAUUAAAAAAUUGUUAAUUAUUAUUUUGAGGUACUCACUAUCAUAGAGUAUAUGCGCUUAGUUUUGUUCUUUCAGUGAGUUUAGAAUGAUUCCAUACCGGCUUAUUUAAUCUAACCAUAGCUGCUGCUGCUUUUGCGGUCCUAGUGUUUUCAUUCUUCGCUCUCGCUGGAGUAUUAGUGCAAAAGCCGUGAUGGAUACAUUUAAUGUGCCCAUGUGUUCACCUCCGUUGAAAUGUGUGGAGACCGGGAAUGGCUUGUUUUGGUUCAAUAUCUCGAAGAUGUUCACCUAAUCUACCAGAGAGCCUUCUUCCCGUCUCACCUUUACAACAUGAGCGGCAUCUUCGGCAAACGAUCACAUGUAUCACAUUUCGACUGAUACAUGUGAAGCCAUCUUUGUUGAUAAAGGUCAUCAUAAGGAAGCCAUUGUUUUCAGUGUCCAUUACAUACACACUUGAACACAGCUUAUUCCAAACGUGAGAAGGGUCGGCUCGAAAGCGACUGUGAACAAGAAGGUAUAUAGUUUUAUCCCGUCUGAAGACAAUAAGUGCAGCAAGCAACCUUGAAGAAAACCCUGUUAGUGUCAGGGUAUGGAAGGAGUAUAUGACGAUUCUUUAAGAAUAUUUCUGUCAAUCACAUUAUGAAGAGUUGUUGUAAGGAUGAGUUUUUUUCCAUCCUAUAAUAACUUUUUUUAAUCGAGUUGAUGUUUGUUUUUUUUUAAAUUAGGGGUACUGUUUAGGGAAUUAAUAUUUUUGUAAAGCUUGGUUGGUGUCCUUAAUAUAUGUAGGUAAGGGAGUUACAAAAGGUUAGAAGAAACUUUGAUAUGUGUUCAGUCGAGCAAGAGCAUGAGGCUGAGACAACACUGCCUUCCAUGGAAUGUUUUAGCCUAAAAGUGCCUUUCGCACAUCAAUCUGCCUGUUAGAUUUCAAUGUUCAGUCCUGUUUCCCCAGCAGGAACAGGGAUCAACGAUUUUCGCAAAUUUCGAUGAUGGCUUCCCCGAUGUUUCUUUUGCACACGUCUCUAUAUAGCACUGCGACGUACGCGCGCAAUAUGUUUUGCUACCUCUGCCAAUUCUCUGUAGCAUACUAGUACAAAGGACCCUACGGAAUACGGCCAUGGAGAGUGAGCUAGAGAUAUUAAAACGUGAACAUUUCAACUGCUGCCAGAUUAAGUCUCUCAAGAGUUACGUUUGGGGCGGGCAUUGUAUCCUACACCAUGGCACGUUUACAUCAUUUCCUUUAGGAGACUAAUGGUAAUUCUUAACUCCCCAAAGGAGUGGGAGAUGCGCUCCACUAAAUGAUGUAGUCCUACUUCCGUGUGUGAUGAUAGGCGUUCAAGGGGACCGCGAGAAGUUGAUUUUUUUCCCUUUAAAUUCGUGUAUCGAAUAAUGCUGUUAACAUUUUUAUUCCAUUCUAUUCUAUAAGACCUGAAUCAAAUAAUAUUGCAACUGUGAAUCCUGUGUGUGUGAAUCCUGUGUGUGUGAAUCCUGUGUGUGUGAAUCCUGUGUUUGUGAAUCCUGUGUGUGUGAAUCCUGUGCGAGUGAAUCCUGCGUGUGUGAAUCAUGUGUGUGUGUGAAUCCUGUGUGUGUGAAUCAUUGUGCGAGUGAAUCCUGCGUGUGUGAAUCAUGUGUGUGUGUGAAUCCUGUGUGUGUGAAUCCUGUGCGAGUGAAUCCUGCGUGUGUGAAUCAUGUGUGUGUGUGAAUCCUGUGUGUGUGAAUCCUGUGCGAGUGAAUCCUGCGUGUGUGAAUCAUGUGUGUGUGUGAAUCCUGUGUGUGUGAAUCACUGUGACGAUAGUUAUCUAAACUGUAAAAUCAAGUGUUACUUCUAGCCAUGUAAAAAGAAUAUUGAUUAGGCUUUAUUUUCUUACCUUCUCCCGGGUGAAAGUUACAAGUAACCUCCCCCCUUCACCUUGGGAGACAGACGUAGAGACGUAUUUGGGAAUUAAAAACUGGCUGGCGGACCAUUUCAGGAAGAAGGGGUACACGCAAUGGGCAGACAACACGACCGCCAGAGGAGUCUAUUCAAACUUGCCCACUCCUAGCAAACAAGACCCAUGUUGGGGGUUAGGACGCAGACAGCAGAGCUUAGUGACGCAGAUGCGCACCGAGAACUGCCCGUUGCGCACAUAUUUCUGGCGGCUGGACAACAACAGAGAUCCUACCUGCCGGCAUUGCAGCCUGGCCCCGGAUACCCUAGAGCAUCCGUUGACUGAAUGUCCCUCACUAGAUCUCCCGGGGGAAGCCAGGGCGGUUGGAGGACUCUUUGUGAGGAAAAUGUUGUAUGGCUCAGCUCAACAGAGGGAGUUGAUAGCCAAUUUACUAGCCGGGGUCAUACGAGAGUAAUCUCAGACCCUCACCAGAAUAUGUGUGUUAGUUAGUGUUACUUCAACUACUUCACAAUGAAAUGUCAAGUCCAGUUUUACACACACUGCACUUUAUUUACAUGAAAAACAAUACAUAUAUAUUAGAUAGACCUUGGAAUAGUUGUGUAAUAUGAGAUGUAGCUUCAAAUAUAUUAUAAGAUCGCCUCUUGUUCAUUCACUAUUUUAUGUCUUUUCUGAUCUAAAAUGUCUUCUAAAAAUCUCCCAUUCUCUGUUGCACAUUGUUCAAAUAUCUUCGUAUCUCCUCUUGCCUUUUUUUCUUAUAUCUCGUGCAACCUCUCGUAUUCUCUCGUGCCUAAUAUUUUCAAUGGUCUAAAUACCCAGAUGUUACAAAUGUCAUUAUAUUUUUAAUUUAUGUUAUGUUAGCACACCAACUCUCAAUGUGGCUAUCAUAAAAUUAAAAUGGUCUCAUGCACUAAAUCAUUUUAUUUGUCUCACUCUCUUAGCAACUCAAAUAAAGACAUUGAAAGCUGAAAAGAACGAACUUGAGUCUCAAAAGAAAACAAGUAAGAUAUCAUGUUACUUGAUCCUGCAAUACGAGUUUGAUGAAAAUGUUAAAAUUAAGUUUUUUUCCUUAAGCCAGCUGAGCCCAAUUUUUAUUUGAUCAUAUUAUUUUUUUAAAUUUAUCUUAAUAUAUUGUGGGUCAAGUCAGAUAGCGGUUUUCAAAUAACAUGCAACGAUGAUACUGUCUUUCGACCUCCAUCGUUCAAGCUCAGGGUUUCACUGAUCGUUAACAAUUUUUUUUCCUCCCUUUUGGGGAUGCCUCCGAAGGUUGAUUUGGGGGGGGGGGGGGGGGAAGGCUGGUAGGAGAGAUGCACCACCGGAGGAAGUUUACUGCCCCUUCCCUAACCAGGACAAUUUUAUAAUGUCGACCCCCCUACCCCUUUUUUUUUCCAAUUUUGUAAAUCUAAUAAUGAGUUUAACCAGGCGUGCUCAUAAAAUAUUGUUUAAAAAACAACUUUAGAACACAGCACACACAUUAUACAACACCUACCCAAUAGCCUUCCCUUCAAUAGAUUGUGACCCUGGUUAUAGCAGCUAUAUCUGCUAUAGCCCUUAUGUCGUGGGCGUAUUUGACGGGGAGCCAUCUUGCCUGGGGCCCUUUUCUAAGUAGCCAUAUUGUUGGGACCAUUUUCUUUUUGGAGCCAUUUUGUCAGAGGAAUUUUUCUUAUCUACACAUAUUUUCAGGGGCUUUUUAUUCGAGAGCCGUAUUGACCAGGGCCUUUUGUCGGUUGUGGGGCGUGCAUAGAUGCCAAUUUUUGGGGGUCGUUUUGACGAGUUACCCACAUCUGAUGUGCCCAAGUGGGGGGGGGGUCCUUAUGUAAUCUGUUAAAAGUUUGACAGCUGCUGAUAUGGGGAAGGGACGGUGACACGAACUGCCAAAAUUGUGUGGGGCGUGCAUAGAUGCCAAUUUUUGGGGGUCGUUUUGACGAGUUACCCACAUCUGAUGUGCCCAAGUGGGGGGGGGGUCCUUAUGUAAUAUGUUAAAAGUUUGACAGCUGCUGAUAUGGGGAAGGGACGGUGACACGAACUGCCAAAAUUGUAUUGACAUAAGUAAUGUACGGCCCCAAAUGGUAUGUGCCUUUAACUAUAACCUAGAAUUGAGACUACAAUAAACGUACGGGAUUGGGGUAAAACAUCGAAGAGUUGUCGGACAGGUUACAACAGGCUUGCACAGCAUACGACCCGCGGGUCGUAUGUGGCCCGCCAGCAUCCACUUUGCGGCCCGCGAGGUAACGAAAUAUUCUUUUUUCUUAUUAUUUUCUUAAUACCUUUCCACCCUGUCCAUUUUUCUUUUGGCCCGUAAAAGUCCUGUCUUAUAUUCCUUUGGCCCACACAAGUUUUUCAUAAAAUAUUAUGGACCGCCAUCAUUUUGAGUUGUGCAGGUCUGGGUUACAAGAUGAGGACUGUGUACGAACACUACUCAACUAGAGAAACAGUACGAAGUCAAGCCAAGUUUUCAGACUAUUACUAUUAAUAUCCAUCCUUUGGAAGUUAUUAGAUAAGAUCUAUUCAUUUAAGGAGUCCCAUGGUGAUUUAGGUUGUUGACUGCUGCGCUAACACAUUAAAAUAUACACAAUUUCUACAUCAGUAGCCAUCUUAUCUGCUCUGGACUUUUUUUUUAUAUCUCGUGCAACCUCUCGUAUUCUCUCGUGCCUACUUUUUUUCGAUGUUCUAAUUACCCAGACGUUACAAAUGUCAUUCUGUUUUAAAGUUAUGUUUGGGUAACAAACAAAAUCGUUAUUGCGCAAUGACAAAAUGGUUAGAAAAUCCCAUUUAGAUUUACAGUCACAUGUACUACAUCAUUUUUUUUGUUUUACUCUCUUAGCAACAACUCAGUUGAGUGAAUUGAAGGUUAAAAAUAACGAACUUAUGAACAGAAUUGCCGCUUUGGAGUCUGAAAAGCAAGCAAGUAAGAUAUCAUUUUCUUUAAUCUUGAAAUAUAUCUUGCAGGCUUCCAUAAUCUCCAAGAACAUUUUUUUCCCUUUGUGUCUCCCUCCGUAGGUGUGUGGAUGGGGAGGGGGCUGUGAGAGACACACCACUGGGGGAAUUUUACUCCUCCUCCCCAACUGGGACAAUUUUUCAAUGAGGACUACCCCCCCCCCCUUUUCACCAUUUUGUAAAUCUAAUGAUGAGUUUAACCAGGCGUGCUCAUAAAAUAUUGUUUAAAAAAAACAACUUUAGAACACAGCACACACAUUAUACAACACCUACCCAAUAGCCUUCCCUUCAAUAGAUUGUGACCCUGGUUGAAGCAGCUAUAUCUGCUAUAGCCCUUAUGUCGAAGGCGUAUUUGACGGGGAGCCAUCUUGCCUGGGGCCCUUUUCUAAGUAGCCAUAUUGUUGGGACCAUUUUCUUUUUGGAGCCAUUUUGUCAGAGGAAUUUUUCUUAUCUACACAUAUUUUCAGAGGCUUUUUAUUCGAGAACCGUAUUGACUCGGGCCUUUUGUCGGUUGUGGGGCGUGCAUAGAUGCCACUUUUUGAUCUUGAAUUAUUUGUUUGAUUAAAAUGUUAACUUUAAGUUUGUUUGCUUUACCCAGCCGAGCCCAAGAUUUAUUCCUGUAAAGAACCCCAUGGGGCCCUAGGUUAUUGACUGCUGCGCUAGCAUAUACAAAUAGGCACACGUUCGACAUCAGAAGCCUUAGAAAGUUUGUUGUAACUGCUAAGCGUAAACACCUGCGUGGUAUAUCGGUGUCAGUCAUGAGUUCGUGGGGAUUGAAACCAUCAACAAACAGGGGUGGAUUCUCAACAUGGACUUAUCAGUGGGAUUUGUGGCUGCAACAAAUACGCAAUGUUUUGAACGUACUUUAAAAGGCCUACUUCGUGAUGCGUUAUAUGACAAACAUUUUAUUCUAAUUGUUAACUGAUUUGUCGUCUGUUCAAUAACGUUUGUUUAUAUAAAAGAAUUUAAAUUAUUUAAUGGUAAUAUUGAAAAUUCUCUCCUUUAAUGGACACAAAAAUAACACUAAAGGCUCUAUUUUUACCCCAUCAGUGGACACAAAAAUAAUAGGCGUAAGUGUAGGCUUAGGCCUAGUAAUAGGAAUAGGAGUGUCAACAGUCGCAGUUGUUUUCCUCUGUUGCUUGAAGAUAAGCUCUGGCAUAUGUGGUCUUAAGAUAACGAAAGGUAAGAAUUAUAAACUUUCUUACAAAUAGAUAAAAGGUCAUCAAAUAAUGCAUGUGUGUUGUAUUAAAUCUUUGUUAUAAAAUAUUUGAGAAUGAAGGGAAUCUGAAAGUAUUUGACACAAACAUAGACUAUUGAUGAGUGUCACGUGCUAUAAAAACAAAUCACAUAAUGUGCUUGCAUCACGUGGUUUUAGCGAGUCUUUCUUUUUCAUUCUUUGUUUAUCAUUAGGUAAACCAUACACAUAGUUUGUUUGAAUAAGUUUUGGACGUUGGUCUGUCAAAUAACUAUUUUCUGAACGUCCAACAUUUCAGCAGGCCUACCGGUAACUGAAUCACAACCAGAACAAGACCCCCUCAUGAAUGGCACUGACCAACAGCAAACAUCAGCAGCCAACACUCCUCCUGCUAUUGAUAAUAGUAAACAGCAUGCGUUAAAAAAAAAUAUGGUGUAAACCAAAAUAUCCAGGAAACGAUGAAGCAAGGCUAUGGCAUGGCGCUAAAGGUUCGCAGCUCUAGCACACAAUCAAGUUUUUCAAUUUAAAAUGCUAAGUUAACUAACUUCUCUUAUUACAACAGAUAAUGCUGUUGGAGAAUUUUUUUAAAUAUACGUUUCCAAGCUUUUAAACUUUUGGCAGCGUAGCUUCUCAUUUCUACUCUUUCAUUUUAACUUUUUAAAAAAAUAUAAAGCCAAGGAAGGUUUUCAGAAUGGAUGUUAAUAUAAUUUUUAAUUUGACAAACCGAUUAUUGGUUUCAGGAAUUCGGUUUGUUCUUACAAUGCAUUAUCAACUGUCCCCCACAGCGGGGUUUGAUUUUUUUUUUUUUUUUUUUUUUUAGACCCACUGCGGGGGAUUUCUUCCUUGUUUUAUUUUGUUAUGAAAGUUUGGUAGCAUCACUUGAUGCUUCCAACCCACCCCCCCACAAUUUUGAUCUUCUUACAAUGCAUUAUCAACUGUCCCCCACAGCGGGGUUUGAUUUUUUUUUUUUUUUUUUUUGUAAGACACACUGCGGGGAAUCUCAUCCUUGUAUCAUUUGGAUAUGAAAGUUUGGUAGCAUCACUUGAAGCUCCCAACCCACCCCCCCACAAUUGUGAUCAAACAAAAGAUCACACAAGUCUAAGUUUUGUUUUACGUACCGGUAUUUGUUUAUGAGCACCAUCAGUUUGGGACAGGGGCAUGCACUACACAUUCCUGUAUCAGUUUUAUUGUUGACUUGGUGCCGCUAUUUUUAGCAGUCCUUGUCCACAAAAAGACGGAAGUAAAUAUUUAGCUUUUAUUAUAAUAUGCCUUAAAUAUACAAAAAAAAAUUAAUUAAUUUUUUUGUCUAUUUGUAAUAACAGUAUUUACAUUAUUACAUCCCAAAAUAUGUCAAGCAUUUUGUAAUCGAUGAUACCUUAAAACAAUAUAUAUUUUUUUAAAGAACAUGUUUGUUUUUUUUGUUGCUGAUUUAUCUAUUUAUUUUUAUACCAUAUAUUACUCAAAAUUACUUCCCAAACAUUUUUAUUUUCAGCUUUUUAUUGUUAGAUAUAAAAGCACUUUUUAAAGAUAUUAAAUAUGUUUAGUAACUACUUAAUAAACAAUACUCACUAAGAGGGAACUAACAAACUUGUAUUUUAAUUUUAUAGGCAACAAUGUUUUUUCAUAAAAUACCAUUUUAUACAUGUACAAUAUUCAUGUCAAUUUUUGUAAUUAGACUCAUUAAACUCAAAAUUUAAAAAAAAAAAGCUUAAUUUAUUAUAAUAUGCCUUAACUAUACAAAAAAAUGUUAAUUUUUUUGUCCAUUUGUAAUAACAGUAAUUACAUCCCAAAGUAUUUUGUAAUCGAUGAUACCUUAAAACAAUAUAUAUUUUUUUAAAGAACAUGUUUUUUUAUUGCUGCUGAUUUCUUCAUUCAUUGUUAUACUAUAUGUUACUCAAAAUUACUCCCCGAUGAUUUUUAUUUCCACAGCUUUUUAUUGUUAGAUAUAAAAGAAUUUUUUAAAAGAUAUUAAAUAUGUUUAGUAACUACUCAAUAAACAAUACUCACUAAGAGGGAACUAAGAAAUUUGUAUUUAAACUAUAAAGGCAACAAUUUUUUUUAAUAAAAUGCCAUUUUAUACAUGUACAGUAUUCAUGUCAAUUUUUGUAAUUAGACUCAUUAAACUCAAAAUUUAAAAAAAAAGCUUUUUGCCUACAUAAAAAUGAUUUAUGUUCCCCUUCUAAUUUUGUAUGAUUUAAAAAAAAUAUUUGGAUUAAAAAGCACACAAAAAUGAAAAACAUAUAUUUUUUUUAAAAAGUAUAUUUAUAUUUGUAUAAUCUCGAAGCCUGUGAAGACAAAGUGAACAUCACUCACAAUAGAUAUACAUGUAUAAAGACAUUAGCGAAGACAAAUAAUUUUUUUUUUUUAAAGUCUUACCCACUUAUAACUUUAAAGCUUUAAUUUAGGCACAGUCACUCUAGAUUCAAAGUAUUGGCAAAAAAUUGAUAUUAACACAAAUACUCCAAUGGCAUUUUUUGUUAUAUUAGACUAAGGUUAUUUAUUUUUAUACAUUUAAUGUUAUCAAAAUACAGUCUCUCCUUUUUGUUAUAAAAUGUCUCCACUUCCCUCCAUGUUUAAAAAUUGAUAUGCCUUAUUUUUCUAUGUGCCUUGUCAUCAACACUAUCACCCUUGACAGUGUCCUACCAUUCGGGCAUUUAGGGAUCGUGGCCUUUGACAUUUUAUUUCAUCUAUUUUGGGUCCCCCAUCAAUGUUUGGGUCACCAAACUCUUCAUUUGAUCUAUUUUUACUUUAUCAAACACUGGUAAUUAACUAAACAUAUUUUUUUUAAGCAGCGUGUGCCAGACAGCAUUGAGUUUUAUACUAUGCAUCGAAUGCAAGCAAACAAAAGUACACAUUCUGAAAGGCUCAUAAAUGAAAAAAAUAUUUUUUUAGAUAAUCACUGGAUAAAUAAUAAUAUAUCAAAUAUUUAUAGGAAUUAUUUGUGAAAUAAAGCAAUGCCCGAAUAUAAAUUUUUUAUUUCCAGAAAGGCAGAUGAAAGUAUUAAGUUUGUUGAGAGAGUUUUGCUGGGUGUCCGGUCACAUAAUGACCAAAAAUUUAGAAUUUAUUCAAACUGGCAUAUAGUUUCAGUGGUCAGAAAUAUAGAUGUUGACACAUCCAUCUUUCAGCUCAGUGUAUGUUUGUUUCACCAGAAAAUCCUAGCUUAGAAAAAAAAUGCCAGCUGUUAUACCUCGCCCACCUGUGUAUUAUAUGUAGAUGACUGAUUUGAAAAGAUAAUGAACAAUGUUUACAAAUUUCAAGCACAUAUUAAAACUUCUUUUAAUCUCAUUAAAGCUUUGAGAAUUAGUGUUGAAGAAUUUACACAAAAUUAUGCAUUUUUGUUGUUCACGUUAAAAAUUAGCUAACAAAGAUGUAGAAUCCAACAAAUCACAAGGACACU